AUGGACGUGGUCGGGGAACGCCGGGAGCCCCCGGCCGGCGUGCCGCUCACCUGCCCGGCCUGCCGCAUCUCGGUGGUCUCCUCCAGGAGCCGGGCCAUGUGCCCUUUCUGCGGCUCCUUCUACAACCGAGACGCCAACUCGGACACGUCGCUGCGCGGAAGGCAGGGCUCCUCGCUGCCGCACAUCGAGUCUCACCGACCCCUUGUGCGGGUGACGGGGUUCGGACCCCUGAUCACGGACAGCCUGGGCGCUAUCCACACGUACAUCACGGGCCUCAUUUUGCGGCCCACGUCGCCCAACAGCUCUCUCUACCUGUCCCUGCCGGCUGUGCAACCGGACGCCGAGCGUCGGCUGUGCACGAUGAGCGCGGGCGCGCACAUGCCCAGCACCGCUCGACCUGCGUCAUCGGCGUGAUCAAGCGCCCGUUCGCCCAAAGCUUUGACUGCAUAGCCGCAGAAAGUUUUCCGCGAAAAGCAUUCAGCUGUGUACCCCGACUUAUUGGUUGUACACUGGUGCAGGGAAAUUGUCGAGGAAGGACGUGCCUCCAGCAGCUUCUCAAAAAUUCAAGAAUUUUACGAGCAAACAUUCAGUUCACUCAUUGAACUCAACGCACUUUUCAAGGAGAACCCGCGGCAAGAUGACGCAAAACUUGAGGACCCAGAAAUAAAGAAUGAGUUGCUGCAUGCUGUGUAUGACAUGCUUGAGGAACUGCCAACAUACGUGAGCAAAGCCGUUCUAAAAGGCAUUAUCAACUCCCUGCUUGCUACUGAUAUCCGACUGAAAUCUAAAGAUGAUACACGCGCCGUUUAUAUCCUUCUGCAAAACCCCAUCUUUAGCAGCCAGUCUUCAUACACAGUGUUUGCUCACCUUCUGAGAAGAGUGGUGUCACUCAAAAGUGCUGACCAUCAACUUCUCAUCCACUGGUUUUCCAAUUCUCCAGCAGACAGGCUUCGAGGCCUGGUCAAACGCCUGCUCCAAUUCAUCACCAUACGGGAAUUCCCUCCAGCAAACGGUCACAAAUUACCAUCCAUAAGCAAGAGCCGGUGGUGGAUUCCAUGUGCUACUCGAGUUCUGGCACUAAUAAAUGCAGCCAACAAUAAAAAGACUCCAAACAUUUUGAACUACACAGACUUUUACAAUAGUGCCUUGGACCACAUCGACCUUAUGUCUGAAUACUACAGGUGGCAAUCUCCCGGCAAGCACUCAAAGUUCUCCUACUGCCAGUACCCUUUCAUACUCAGUAUUGUAGCUAAGAAGUCUAUUCUCCAACGAGACUCUGAACAACAGAUGAUCCUGAAUGCUAGGCGCAGUCUUCUGAAUCGAGCCCUCCACCAUCAAGCUCCUGACAUCGAUGUCUUCUUUCUCAAUCUGAAUGUUCGACGAUCAUAUCUUGUAUCUGACUCGCUUAAUGAGAUUGCUCGGAAGCAGACAGACCUGAAGAAAAAGCUAAAGGUCACCUUUGUCGGUGAGCCUGGUCUCGAUAUGGGAGGUCUGACGAAGGAAUGGUUCCUCCUGCUCAUACGGCAGAUAUUUAGUCCUGACUAUGGGAUGUUUGUGUACCAUAAUAAGGCAAGAUGUUACUGGUUCAGCACCACACAGCUGGGAAACCUCAGGGAGUACAACCUGAUAGGAGUUCUCAUGGGACUGGCCGUAUACAAUUCCAUCAUCCUGGACCUACAUUUCCCCACAGCCUGCUACAAAAAGCUUCUGAACCCCCCCGUAGUUCCUCAUAACAUUGAGAAUGCAAAUGUAGGCAUCUGCAAGUUCACAACUGAUGACCUGGCAGAAGUGAUGCCGGAUGUUGCAGUAGGCUUGAAGGAGCUUCUGUCAUAUGAAGGAAAUGUAGAAGAAGACUUCUGCAUGAACUUCCAGGUCUCCGUUGAAGAGUUUGGGGAAGUAAAAACACACACUUUAAAAGUGGGUGGUGAGGACAUUCCAGUGACGAGCGAAAACAGGAAUGAAUACGUCGAUCUGUACGUGGACCUUGUUUUGAACAAGGCAAUUGCUCAGCCCUUCAAAGCUUUUUACCUGGGGUUCCACAGCGUCUGUGCAUCAAAUGCCCUCAUUAUGCUUCGACCGGAGGAGGUUGAAAUGCUUGUCUGCGGCUGUCCGAAGCUGGAUUUAGAAGAACUCCGAAAAGUGACAAUAUAUGAUAACUUUGAUGAAAAUGAACCAAUCAUCAGAGAUUUUUGGGACAUAGUAAUAUCCUUCAGCCCUGAAGUACAGAAGCAGUUCCUACGAUUUGCAACGGGAAGCGAUCGCGUCCCCGUAGGAGGGAUGGGCGAGAUGACCUUCAAAAUAUCUUCCCUAAACAACAACACAGACAUGCUGCCCGUGUCCCACACGUGCUUCAACCAGCUUGUGCUGCCCAAGUACAAGAGCAAGGACGUUCUGAGGGAGAAGCUCAUCAUCGCCAUUUCCAACGCUGAAGGGUUUGGCCUCGAGUAG